AUGGCGAAAAGUAUCAGAUCAAAAUCAAAACGACGGAUGCGUUGUAUGAAACGUCAGCGAUUGGCACCACGCGUAUUGAAAAAAUUGCAUGAAACUGUUUCAAAUCUUAAUCCUGUUAGUAAUAGAAUGGAAGUGGAUCAUGGUACUUCUUCAGUUGCAAUGGCCAGUAUUUUUUUAUUUUUUGAGAUGGAAGUUGAUGGUACGGGUUUCAAUUUGAAAACAAUGAAAAAGCCAGAUGGAUCUUAUCCUGUCUGGUUAAGUCAAAGAAUAAUCAAAAAAAAGAAGAAGCGAAAGAAAACUGUGAAAAAAAAAUGCAAAAGAUCUUGA